AUGUUUUCCAGAAGUUUGCGUUCUGAAACACGCAGUAGAGCAAAGGAAGACUUGAAAAGAGUUCAUAAGUCACAUGAACAGGUUAGAAGUUGGGAAAAGAAGUGGGUUGCUGUCAAAGAUACUUCUAUGCUUGUUUACAAAUGGGUACCUUCUCUUAUGGUUGAUGUUGGUCAUGCUAAAAAGGGAACAUUCAAUCGUCCAUCAAAUGUCAAUAAUUCAACGCAUAUUUCUUCUGGAAUUCUCUCUUCAUAUUCAUGCCCAAAAACUGAACAAGAUGAUUCUAUUGGAGUAACUGAUUCAAAUCCAGACAAGUCUGUUAAUUUGAAAAAUGAAGUUCAAAUUGACAUUGAAAAAUCGCAAGAUACAGUUAUGUCAGCCACAGAUGAGAAACCAUCUACUUUGGAUGUGAUAGAACCUACUAGGCAACAGACAGCUGUUGAUCAAGACAAUGACUGUUCUAUGGCGCCUGAACAAAAAUGUGACUCUCUGCCAACUGAUGAAACUACUGUUGCAGAGCAAAGUUGUGUUAAACCAAUCGAUAUUGAUUCCAAUGUUGACAGUGAGAGUAAUGAUAACAGUAAUCAGAAUGGGCCUUAA